GAUGAAAAUCAUUGCCUUUUCCCACUGUGUUUGAAUUAUUUUCCUCUUUUUAACAUUCACCUUCGUCCCUAGGACAAAUCGAAAUUGUGAACAACAAGUCUCGCGGUACUUCCAACGAAGCAAUUUCAGGUGUGAUAUACAAGAAGUUUCCAUUCGAACGAAUCGAUAAUUCCCUCCGAGGCCUAACGGUAAUUUCGAGACUCAAAAACACAAUUUGAAGAAUUAAGACAAAAACCUUUCAUUACAAUUGAUCUUUGACUUUCUUUCCAAGCCCCACGACACUUGCGACGUUCAACAGAGCAAUAAGAGAAGCAGAAUCAAGUAACGAACAUACAUUUGGACUUCCAAACUCUCGGGAAAAUAAAACAAGUAGCAAGAGACAGAAAGAUGCAGCACUCGAAGUACUUUGUCGCCCUUCUCAGCGUCUUGCUCUUCCUCUCAAGCGACAAUGUAGUUGAAGCUCGCCGAGUCAAUCGCCGACAAUCUCCUUGCACCCCCUCUUCAGCCCCCGGCUCUUCUGCACCGCCUUCCACCACUUCCACCACUUCCAAGGCACCUCCAGUGUCGACAAGCACCUCUACAACCGCGAUCAGCACCUCCGCUCCUACCUCUCCACCAUCUUCUCCCGGUCCACCAAACCCACCUGUCUGCAACAUGCAAUCGCCCGGAAUCUGUCAACUUGCCACUAAGUCCAACUUUCCCACUAGACCCCUCGUCCAAGAUGCUUGGAUCUUCAACCCAUCCUGCAAUGUUAUCGGCGGAACAACUAACAUUCCUUUGUAUAAGACAUUCUUUUUGGCUUCACAGUUGCCUUAUGGCGUUGUGAUGAUAGGAAAUAGUCCUACAGCAUCUCCAAGUUUCGAUUACGCAGGCGGUCAUUAUGGAGUUGGUGGUACGGAUGGUGGAAAUCCGGGUUGGUGGUGUGCAAUUGAGGGGGAUGGUACUUAUGCUUGUUACGCGCAGUUUAAGUGUUAGAACGCAGUGGAGGUGUGCCAAUUCUUAUUCUCAAGAAUAACUGUGACGUUUGAGACGUCAGGUGGCAGAGAUAGGCUGGGUUGGAACAGGUUGAAGUUGCUUUGGAGAUGGUUUGCUGAAUUUGCGCAUAAUACUGGCUAAGGUUGUUCAUAGUUGGAAGAUAAUAGGAAACAGAAUGUUAGACUGAGAAUGCUGUUAGAUUGAUAUGACAGAUAGCAUUAUUAGCAUCCGGAUUUCCAAUAUAUGCGAGAAUCUUUACAGCCCACGACUUUGAUAAUUCAGGAUGUGCUCCA